AAGCACCCUUUCAGUCACAUCGGGCGCCAGGAUCUCUGUUUGGUGGGGAGGGGCGGCUGGACGGGGCGGGCCGGAGGUUGGUGUCCCGCCUCCCGAGCCCUUGCCUGCCGCGUCGUGGCGUUCCGCUGCUGCUUCCUUCUCUUUUCUCCUUUCCUUCCUUCCUCCCUUCCGCUCUCCGCGAUGGAGCCGGGGCGCAGGGCGGCUUUGACAUUGCUGGCGCUGCUGUGCGCGGGUUGCGCUUUGCGCACAGGGCGCGGCCAGUACGAGCGCUACAGCUUCCGCAGCUUCCCGCGCGACGAGCUGAUGCCACUCGAGUCGGCCUACAGACACGCGCUGGACCAGUACAGCGGCGAGCACUGGGCUGAGAGCGUAGGCUAUCUGGAAAUCAGCCUGCGACUGCACCGCCUGCUGCGCGACAGCGAGGCCUUCUGCCACCGCAACUGCAGCUCGGCGCCCCAGCCCGAGCCCGCCGCGGACCUCGCCCGCUUCCCGGAGCUGCACCUCUUUGGAGGCCUGCUGCGCCGCGCACAGUGCCUCAAGCGCUGCAAGCAGGGGCUGCCAGCCUUCCGCCAGUCGCAGCCCAGCCGCGAAGUACUGGCGGACUUCCAGCGCCGCGAGCCCUACAAGUUCCUGCAGUUCGCCUACUUCAAGGCAAAUAAUCUCCCAAAGGCCAUUGCAGCAGCUCAUACCUUUCUACUGAAGCAUCCAGAUGAUGAAAUGAUGAAGAGAAACAUGGAGUAUUAUAAGAGCUUGCCUGGGGCCGAGGACUACAUUAAAGACUUAGAAACCAAGUCAUAUGAGAGCCUGUUCAUCCGAGCAGUGCGGGCCUACAACGGUGAAAACUGGAGAACGGCCAUCACAGACAUGGAGCUGGCCCUCCCUGACUUCUUCAAGGCCUUUUAUGAGUGCCUCGCGGCCUGUGAGGGCUCCAGAGAGAUCAAAGAUUUCAAGGAUUUCUACCUGUCCAUAGCAGAUCACUAUAUAGAAGUCCUGAAAUGCAAAAUACAGUGUGAAGAGAACCUCACUCCAGUUAUAGGCGGCUACCCUGUUGAGAAAUUUGUGGCUACCAUGUAUCAUUAUUUGCAGUUCGCUUAUUAUAAGUUGAGUGACCUGAAGGAUGCAGCGCCCUGUGCAGUCAGCUACCUGCUCUUUGACCAGAAUGACAAGGUCAUGCAGCAGAACCUGGUGUACUAUCAGUACCACAGAGACAAGUGGGGCCUCUCCGACGAGCAUUUCCAGCCCAGACCAGAAGCAGUACAGUUCUUCAAUGUGACUACACUCCAGAAGGAGCUGUAUGACUUUGCUAAGGAAAAUAUAAUGGAUGAUGACGAGGGGGAGGUGAUAGAAUUCGUGGAUGACCUCUUGGAACUGGAGGAAACUGGCUAAUCCACAGCAACCAAUGAGCCUUCACCUUGAUGUUCAGGAAACAGAUUCUUUGCUCUCCUUUCCCAGUAUCCCAGGUGCUGAUACCUCAGAGCCUUCCCUUGGCUCUGCGCAGUGAAAGGGAAGCCCCCACCCCUGACUACAUGUGAUGGGGUGAGCACCCCCACCCUCCGUCUAUGCCACCUUCCAUCCAUCUUGCCCACCCUCACACCUGCCUCCCCGUGUUCAGACCUGUCUUCCUACCUUCCCCAAUUUUACAUCUGUCUCCCCUACGUUCAUAUCUGUUAUCCUGCGUUUACUCCACCUGCCUCGUGUCCAUGUGCAUCUUCCCCACGUUCACAGGUGCCUUUCUCACCAUUUUGGUUGGGAGGAUAGUCUUCCAUGGUUUGUUGUUUUUUCCCCCAGAAAAAUCAGUAUUAUUUUUUAAAAUAAGAAAAACACUCCUAAAGGAUGCCGAUUGUGAAAACCUUCUGUGGUCUCUCUGCUGCUCAGAUGUUAGUCUCUUUUCUCUCGUGCAGGAAAGAUGGCAGAAGACAAAGGCCUCCUGAUGGUCUUCAUCUGGUCUGACCUGUACCGCUUGUUACGUGCGCUGAAAAUGAGCUAGGUAGAUGUGUAGAAUACAGAAGCAUGGCUUUUACGUAACACUCUGGAAAACCUACAGAGGUUGACCAAUCUCAGCUGAGAACAGUGCUCGGCUGUGUGUCUCAAAGUUGGAAAUGAAAGUCAGAGAGAGUCUGCCUUGAAUGUGUGCGCGUGCACAUGUGUGUUUGUGUCUGUUACUGAGGAUCAAAUCAAUUCCAACCUCUGGGAACGUGGGAGCACCCUCCUGUCUGUCUGUCUGCCCAACACUUCCCUGACUUUCCUCUUGUCCCUCAUCCACCUGAGAGCACUUCCUGUUUCCCCCACAUGAGAACCUGUGGCAGGUUCUUUAGGUUCCAGCCCGAGCAGUGGUCCUCCCGCUUCUGUCUUUGUCUGAAGCAGUCCAGGACAGCAGACUAUCUGUACCCUUGGGGAUAUUCAGACAAAACAGUGGGUGUGUUUUAAUGAGCACUCUUGUGGCCACAGCACCCUUUCAGUGGUGAUGCCCAGUGACAGUUUGGCUUUUUGUGGGCUCCUGCUGGGGAAGAUGGCUAUUAACCAUGGAGUGGUUCCCAUUGCCUUCUGUGCCCCACCCCCUGCUCCACCAGAGAAAACUCUUAUGUCACUGAGGAAGAGGGUCUUCCGGCAGGACUGUAAUGGAGUAGGGACCCAGAAAGUGGACCCCUUACUGUGCAGAGAGCAUAGCCAACACUGCUGAGCUCCUGGCUGCAGGGGAGCAUGAAAGGAGCUCCCCCACAGGGACCCAGUCUGGCGGGCUCCUACUCACUCCUCCACAGCCCUGCACAGCUGCCCUUGCUCCUCUUCCUGGGAGCCUGGGCAGCCUUUCCAUAAGCAAUGUCCUAGGCAGGGGCUGAGUUGGUGUGUGUCUGUUACUAAGUUGGUACAUGUGUGGAUCCUUAUUAGCUCUCUGAAGUUGGCCCCCUUUCAUUGGGUCUUUAUCCCACUCCAGUAUAUCCCCUGAGAGAAGACAGCCUAGUAACAGUAUGGUCAGCAUUAACGGUGCUUGGCUUUAAGGCUGAGUUACUACUUUUUUUUUUAAUUCAAAGGAAAUUAAACCAAUUUUGGGGGAGGGGGAGUAGGCUGCUCCCUCAAAACCUACCACAAAGCCCCAGUGUUGAGGACUCACUCAAUGACCUCAGCCCAACACCUGCCUGAGCGUGUUUCUUGAAAGAGCCUGGAAGAAUUCUGGAUCAACAUGCCACAGGUUCAGCAUCAGUUUGGCCUGUCCUUUGAGAAAGCAAACACGUCUGUAAGCUUUGUAGGAGUUUCCAGUCUACUCUUAAGAGGCCACACUUGUCCUCUGCCACGCCAGCACGGAGCACAAUGGUUGCCCUGUUUGGUUAGGCAAGCACCGUGGCAGGUAUCUCCAGGCCCAGUGCCACUUGCAGUCCAUGCAGAAGGUGCAGGGUCCGAGGCCAACCCACACCCCUGCUGGUGCAGAUUUGACAGGAGCAGUGAGGGGCCGAGUUUUUUGGUUAGACAUAUUCACAGAUGAUAGAAGGACUGAAGGGUUGAAGGGUAGCCCAGACCAGCAGGUUCAACACACAAAUAGCUUUGAGUUUCGAGAUUUCCAUGGCUGCUGCUAAGCUGCAGGACUCAGCCCUGGGGUCCAGAAGGAGAGGUAUUGGGAAUGGUGACCACAUCGGCCACCUUAGGAAGGAAAUGUGUGCUCUUAGGAGUUCUUAUUAAGGGAAUUUUAAGAGCACAAAAAUUUUAUUGAACCUAACAGUGGCAAACAGAAAAUGGUUUGUUAGAUUGUCAGUGGUAAAGGGUUUCUUAGGACUGCUGGUAGAAUAAACAGUGGCUGGCUUCUGCCAACAUUCAUGGAAAUCACAUUUUUAAGUUUUAAAUGUGAACUGUAAGCUGAAGCUACUUCAGUUUUUUGUUUUUUUUUUUUUUUAAAUUUCAAUACUUAAACUGUGGGGAAAAGGUGGAUCAGUGCCAAAGAAAACACUCUCAUUUAAUAGUGUUUGAACAUGGAACUGCAAUACAGUUUGUAACCAGGUACUGAGAAAAAACCACAACUAAUCCUUCAUCGCAGCUGUCUGAACUCUUGAUCAUCUGCCAUCCCCCAAACAGCAACUUCUUUUUUCUGGUGACUCCAGUCUUGAAUGUCCCAGUGUGUAGAGUUUAAACUAUGUACAGGAGGGGGGGGGGGCAAAGGAAAAGAGCUUCACCAAAGGUCUUUGCAUUGCUCUUCCUGUGUCUGCAGCCAGAGGCAAGACCAGUCCCCAUGCCUGUCCUUGUGGCAUCUCCCUACCAGAAGUGACACCAUAACCAGCCAGCUUUCUUUUGACUCCCAUCCUUCCCCAGAAACAAGAACCAGGAGCCACGAUGGUUGUCGAGACAGUGCUUGCCUCUCAGGGUAAGCACAGAGCCCCCAGAUCCUUGAACCUAGCAGCUCUCCCAACAAAUAGUGUCAGACUUGUUUGCUGAAGGGGUGAAUGCUCUGGCUCAAUGUCUUCUGUAAUCUGGCAGGUAAGAUACCACUGCCUCAUUUUAUAACAAUAGGAAGGAACUAAAUAAUGUGACCAAUAUGUCCCAGAGUUUUGUCACUCACUUAGGUUUGUAGGCAGUGGGGCAAACUAUAAAUGUUCUUGAUGUCCCUUGUCACCUCUCUUCCUUAAAGUAGGGUGGUCUGUGCAAUCUCAUUCUUGAAGGAAAUUAGAACUUAGACAAUAAAAACAAACAUUUUUAAAAGUC